AUGGAAGAAGCUACUGAAUCGUGUGUUCCGCACCAUGACAAGGGUUGCUGCUCUCACAGCAACAUGUGGUAUCGUGUCAAGAAGCGGUAUAAGCUCUGUGAUUUUAGUGCUCUUCCCGACUACCUCCAAGACAACGAGUACAUUCAUGGAUAUUACCGAGCUAACUGGCCUCUUAAACACACCCUAUGGAGCAUCUUUCAUAUUCAUAACGAGACCGGAAAUAUCUGGACGCAUCUUAUGGGAUUUAUCCUCUUCCUGAACCUGACCAUCUACACAGCCCAGCAGUUCCCGAAGGUGGUUGAGAUCCCUCUGUCCCACCUCCAUUUUCCUGAAUCCUGGGUCAACGCCACUGACAGCAUUCAUGCACAUCUUCAGCACAUGGAACUUCCGGAUUUCCGUCCCAUAAGAGACGCGCUUACCUCCAUGGAGUUUCCGAAUCUCCAUGCCAUGUACAACUCCCUCCCACACGUCGAGCUCUCUGGAAUCUCUGGAAUCUCGACGUCCAUUUACGAGGCCAUGCCGCACGUUCCGAACAUGCACGAGAUGCAGAGCAUGCUCUCGGCAGUCAUGAAGUCGAAGCUACCAGACCUGGACACGACGAAGCUUCAGGCGAUGCUUCCUCACCUAGAGCUUCCGAAGCUGCAGCAGGUUCAGGCUGCUCUCCUGUGGUACUACGGCUGUGUCCAUCGCUACGCCAGCACGGCCUUGGAAUCCACGCCGGCGUUUCCCACCAGCCCGUUGUGGAAUGAUCAUAGCGUUUUUGGCAACUGC